AAAGUGUUGAGUUUGAAUAUCAGUUUUUGUGCCAAAAGAUAUGUUUUCAUCCAUUGCUGAUUGCCAAAACUUCGGUACACAAAGUAUCGCUGGUGGUGGUGUCGAGUUAUCGGCGCAUUACACAUGUCAUGGCGGAUAUUUCGAUGAGUUCGACGAUUAGAGGGAUUAAUGGCUUUGUUACUUUCAAUUUUUUCAAGUAUUAGCGAGAAUAAAGCUUUAUGUUGAGUGAGGGCUAUUUUCCAUCAUUGGACAGUUGCAGUGACAUAUUCAGAGUCGACCCACUCUAGCGUCCGUCGUCAUGGCAUCUGUGAUGGCCUCUCGGUUCUCCGUACUGAAGAUCGAGGAUGACUCCGACCAGGAGCGCGAGAAGGCCGCCCUCAAGAAGGCUGCUGAAGAAGAGAAGGCCAAGAAGAAGACCAACAAGAAAAAGAAGAAGAGCAAGCCGGCUGAGACAGCAGAUGCUGAGCUGCAAUCGAUGGCGUUCGGCCUGCCCAAGCCCAAGCAGCAGCCGAAGCAGCCGAAACAACAACAGCCGCCACAGCAGCAGCAGCAGCAGCAGUCCGGCUCCGAGUCGCCGAGGAAGGAGAGCGAGUCGGACAUGAGCGGCUGGGAGAAACGGGACCAGGCGUUGAUUGACGAGGCCUUCGAGCGGGACCUGCAGCAGGCCAUGCUGAUGUCCCGAGUCGACUACGAGAAGGCCGCUACUGAAACGUCACCAGAGGAGGCUGCCAACGGACACGAUGACUCCGCAACGGCGGCGGCCGGAGUCAGCAAAGCACGAGCCAAAAAGGCCAAGGCGAAAGUGUUCUCCAUCGAUCAGCUGCAGGCACUCUCGAAUUCGCAGGGUGACUCGAGAAGUCUGCAGCCCCCGCCGCCCCGACCGGCGGCAGCGGCAGCAGCGGGGGGCGACAACGGCGACUUCUUCGGUCAGGUGGAGCGGAAGGCAAAACAGGCGGCCACCAGAGAGAGGAUCCUGGAGACCAUACGACAGGACCUGCCCCCGUCUGUGACGGCGGCAGCGGCCGUGCCUGCCGAGCUCCAGGUACGACUGGCCACCGCCGAGUCCCAGGUAGAAGAGCUGACCGCGGAGCUGGAGAGGACCAAGGAUGAGCUGCGGCUGGCCAAAUCGCGCACCAAACGCGUGCUGAGUGUGCUCACACAGUCAGAAACCAAGGAGAAGGUGCAGCUGAUUGUCAGCCUGGAGAAGGCGCAGGCGGCGCGUGAUACCGCCGACCGCGAGCGGGCUGACAUGUCGGCCCAGGUGACCAGCCUGCUGGCACAGCUCGAGCAGGAGCGCAGCAAGGUGCACGCGCUCACCACGCAACUGAAACGGGCACAGGGUAACAAGCGUCGGGGUCAGAGUGAGAACGACGCGGCCGACGCCGUGGACUAGAUGGCGCCACCGUCGCCGUCUCGUCCUCCCAUCACGGGCACACAACUUCUCUUCGAGACUGUACAUAGUGACAAAAAAACGACACAGACUGCAUGACCGCCAUUCCCUCGGCUACGGUCGCCGAGGCGUGACGUGAUUGGUCGGUGGCGGCGCCUCGGAGGCUGUCAUUGGUCGAGAGCGCCGCUCCGGCCGUUGUCUGAGAUUUGAUUGGUGGAGCGCGCCGCCGGCUGCACGUGAUUGGCCGCGGGCGUCGCCCCGGCGGCGGUCCCGCGCGCUGAUUGGUGGACCGUAUCGUGACCCGUGUUGUGAUUGGUUGGAUGGGUGUUCGUUAGCCGGUGUAUGGUGCCGUGGAGCAAUCAGUGAUGUGCUUCCUUUCUGUUCAGAACUCGUUCUCCCAGCCUCCCAGCCAGGAGCGAUGUUGCCGUUUUCUUGCAAACAUAUUUUUAUAUCGACGCA